CUGGAUAAGCGUCGGCAGAUAUGGCUCGGGGUGACGCUGGGCUGGAGUAUAUGGUUCGGCUGGGUUACACCAUCGUGGUGGUCACGGUUGGGCUGAUGGUGUGGGCGUCUCUGGCGCGGGCCCGCGUCAUCGACACCACCGGGCACCCGCCGUGCGCAUUCAACGCGCUCUGCUCCUGCUCCAAGAGCGCACCGGACCUGGGCGUCGUGAACUGCCGCAACGUGCUCCUGCCGACCGUGCCGAAGGUCGUGAACAGCUCCAAGGUACGUGGCUGAUAUCCGCGGCCCCACGGGCCCCGAAACUGAUCUGGCCGAUGUCCCCCUCCCCCCUCCCCCCCUUUCUCUUUCCAGCUUUUCAUGCUCACCAUGGACCGGACCGGGCUGCGGGAGCUGAAGCCGUACUUCCUGCAGGCGACCGGCCUGUACCGGCUGGAGCUCUCCCACAACCCGCUCACGGAGGUGCCGGAGGAUGCGUUCCAUGGGCUGGAGCGCACGCUCUGGGAGCUGCUGCUCGAGCACAACCAGCUGAUCGAGGUGCCGUCGCGAGCGAUCCGCGACCUCCGGAAGCUGCGGCUGCUGAGCCUGCGGGCCAACGAGAUCAUGGCGCUCGAACCGGACGCGUUCCGCGGCGUCCAGGGCCUCCUGCAGACACUGGUGCUGGCCGACAACUCGCUCACCCAGCUGGCCCCGGGCAGCCUGGCCGAUCUGCCGAACCUGGAAACGCUGGACCUGUCCGGGAACGGGCUGAUCCAGCUCGACCCGAACGCGCUCCGGGGCGGGCUCGGCAAGCUGACGCGGCUCCUGGUGGCCGACAACCUGCUCCGGUACGUGCCUUACGAAGCGCUGGCCGAUUUGAAGCGGCUGCGCGUCCUAGACCUGACCCAGAACCGGCUGCGGGACCUGGGGCCCGAUCCGGACGAAUCGGACGGGACCGGCGGUGGGAGCUUCCGCCUUACACUCGACACCCUCGGGCUCGGCUACAACGAGAUCCGCACGCUGCCGGCGUCAUCGUUCCGCCACUUCGAUACCGCGAACGUGACGACCCUCGACGGCAACCCGCUCACGGUGAUCGAGGACAACGGGUUCCGGGAGACGCGGAUCCGCGAGCUGUACGUGCGGAACUGUGACCUGGCGCACCUCCAGCCGGACGCGUUCGCGGGCCUCGGGAGCUCCCUGCAGGUGCUGGACCUGUCCGGCAACAAUCUAACCGAGCUCCCGGACGAGCUGCUCCGUGGGCUGGAACACCUGAGAUACCUGAACGUGAAGGAUAACGCGCUGCGGCACGUGGACCAGCGGAACGCUUCGCCGUUCGCGGGCCUGAAGCUGUACGGGCUGGACACGGUCGGCCAGCGGAACGGGCUGGUCCGGCUGACGGACCUGUACACCAUGCAGAACCUGCGCACCCUCGCCCUGUCGGCGGUUCCGUCCGCCAGCCUGGCGGCGGACGACUUCGCCGAGCUCAGCCCGGAGCUGGAGGAUCUGCGCGUGGUCCGGGCCGCGCUGAAGACGCUCCGGAACCACGCGUUCACGCAUGUCCGGGGGCUGAAGCGGCUCGACCUGAGCGAGAACCGCCUGGAGUCGAUCGAGCCGGACGCGUUCGCCGAGAUCGGCCACUCGCUCGUGGCGCUGCGCGUCUCGCACGGGCUCGGCUCGCAGCUGAGCGCGUUCCCGGCCGAGGCGCUCCGGAAGCUGACCGCACUGGAGGCGCUCGACCUGAGCAACAACCGGCUGCGGACGGUGCCUGACAGCAGCUUCCACGCGCUCCGCAACCUCGUCAGCCUGGAGCUGCACGACAACCAGAUCGAGCGGCUCGCCAAGGGCACGUUCCAGGCCGACCUGCACACCAAGCUGGUGGUGGUGUCGCUGCGCUACAACAGCCUCACGCAGGUCGCCACGCACACGUUCGUCGACCUGGAGCAGCUGGAGGCCGUCUUCCUCGACGACAACCGGCUCGAGACGAUCGAGAAGCGGGCGUUCAUGAACCUCGACCACCUGAAGCUGCUCAACGUGCGCGGCAACCGGCUGACCACGAUCGCUACCGAAGCGUUUCAGAAUCUGCCGGAGCUGGAACGCCUGGACUUGGCGUACAACGCGCUGCAGGACUUCGACUUCAGUUGCUUCGACCAGGUUGGUUCACUGGCGUCACUGGAAGUAGACGUGAGCUUCAACAAGAUUCAAGUGCUCGGCGAUGCAGAGAACGCCACCGACAGAGCUGGGGGCUACGGCCGGGAGCAGCUGCAGCAGCAGCAGCAGGCACAUCUCGUGCACUCCAACAUGCGCUCACUGAACUUCUCGCAUAACAACAUUUCCCGGAUCCUGCCGGGGUAUCUGCGGCCAGCCGAGCUGUCGUUGGUGCGACUGGAGCUGCAGCACAACUGGCUAGCGUACGUGACGCGCGAUCUGUUCGGCAACAUGCCCCAGCUCCAGUGGCUCGAUCUGUCUGCCAAUCAGAUCGUCGAGGUGGAGCACGACGCGCUGCGGAACGCACGCAAGCUGCAGGUGCUGAACCUGUCCCGGAACGGGCUCCAGGAGAUCCCGGCGGAGCUGUUCCGCAGCGCGUACAGCCUGCGCGUGCUCGAUCUCGCGCACAACUCGCUCAAGUACCUGCCAGACAACCUGGUGAUCAGCGAAGGCCUGGAGCGGCUCGACGUGUCCCACAAUCAGUUCACGAAGAUUCCGGUCACGGCCCUGUCCAACCUGGCGGCCAUGGCGCUGUGCGAGCUGGACCUCAGCCACAACCACAUCGGGGCGAUCCAUAGCGUCGACCUCAGCAACAAGUUUCGGGCACUGGCGUGGCUCGACCUCUCCCACAACCGGCUGGUACGGCUGGAUGACGCCGCGUUCGCCACGCUGCCCCGGCUGGAGGUGCUGGACCUGUCGCACAACGACGAGCUGGAGGUGAUGGGGAAGGCGUUCGUCGGCGUCGAGGCGAGCCUCAUCGAGCUGCGGCUGGCGAACGUGUCGCUCAGCGCCGUGCCGGAGCUGUCGAACCCUUCGCUGCGCUCGCUGAAGAUCGCCCACAACAACCUGCCCUCGAUUCCGCCCGAGCUGGCGGCCAACAUUAGCUCGCUGCGGGAACUGGACCUGUCCGACAACGAUCUGACCAACGUGCCGCUGAUCACGCAUUCGCUGCCCUAUCUUAAGUACCUUUACCUUUCCGGCAACCCCAUCACGACGCUCACCAACACAAGCCUGCUGGGGGCGGCUGAAACCCUCGAGCAUCUGAAUAUCGCCAACCUUAACCUUCACCUGAUCGAGACGGGGGUGCUGAACAAACUGCACCAGCUGCGUGCUCUGCGCAUCUCCACGUACCCGUCGCUGCCCAACUUUAACGUUCCGCGCAUACUGGAGAACGCCAACAACCUGCGGGAGCUGUGGAUCGAGGCCCAAAAGCCCCAACCGAGCGGGUCCGCAUCGGGCAUCGCGUCCAGCUUCGGAGGCGCUGCGCCAGGACCCGCCCCGAAGCUCCCAAGCAAGCCCUCCGGCAGCGCCAUCGCCACCGACUUGCGCCGCGAGCUGGACGGCACGUUGCCCCGCAAGCUCCGGAGCAUCACCGUGGGCGGGGGCGGCUUCAGCCAGCUGUCCGACGGCAUGCUGAAGGGGGUCCAGACGGCGGCGCUGCUGUUUCGCCUGCACAACACAUCAGUAGUGUCCCUGCCGGCCAACCUUUUCCGCAACCUCGGUCGACAGGUGCGCAACGUGUCGGUGUCGAUCGACAGCGACAACAGCCUGCUGCAGCACGUCCCGAAUCCGAACACCGCCCGCUACCUAGCGCUGCCGGAGCACGUCUUUCUGACCGAUCUGCACCUGAGCGGCAGUGCGCUGAGCUGUGACUGCGAGAUCGGGUGGAUCGAGUUCUGGCAGCGCAAGCGGCGCCAGUACCUGUGCCCCGCGCAACCCUGGACCGAGGCUCGGAUGGCGAGCUACUUCAAGCACGCCUUACUACUGCCUUCCUACACCAGAGACGCCGACUGUGACCGGUCGGCUAACGAGCUGCGGGAGGCCCGCUGCAGCAACAAGAACCAGGACCUGCUGCUCGAGGUGCUGAAGAAAGACUUGGAGUGCGGGUGGGGUAGCGGUGCCACCCGGCUCGGGAUCGUGCCAUCGAUAGCGUUCGUGCUCGUGUUCAUCGUGCUACUUAUCUGACUCAUGCGCUCCUUGUUCCGGAUGUACAGUGAAUUCUACGACUACCUCGAGCAGCUCUACGGUGAGCGUAGCGUCGUACCGGGCGGUGCCGACUUCCUGGACGAUGGCUGCGACUACGGCAGCGAGCUGGACAUAGAGCUCGAGGAGUUGUGACAUCCCUGUUAUCCGUUCGUGUUGCUCCGACACACCGGCACGUGCAUGCGAUAGAAAGAGAGAGAGAGAGAAGGGUACAUUACUGUUUUAUUCGGUUCCAAGACAACACAGCCAACAGCAUCAAAGCAUUUACUCUCAAAUAUAUGUAUCGCGAAAACCGUACACGUAGUAGCGGGAUGUUCGGAGCGGGUUGGUUUGUCAUUGUUGCAUU